UAGUGUAAAGAGUGUGCAAAUAAAUGGGACGGCGCUGUGUGCGUACGCACUUGUACACUUGCGGACAUCAUUUAAAAUAUCCUGCAAUGUGAAAUCACCGGAUUGUCCAACUCCUCACACGGAUUGUGUCGAUGAUAGCCGCUUUUUGUUACCUGCAUAAUGUCAUGAGUUCUCACUGAUAUCAUGCACUGAAUCUCCAACGGCGUUCUGGUGUGACGAAAGCGAGAUUCCAAAGUCGGUACGAUACAGCAACAUUGUGAUUUCUUGUACGAUUUACCGAGCGAACUGGACGUUUCUGUUACACGGAUUUGCAGCCAGCCAGCGGGACCGUCCGGCCACCACACCCAGUGAAUUUUUGACGGCACACUCUCGUCGGCAAAACUCGCCUCAACUCAACACUGACCGCGGAUAAUUGCGCGCCCCGGGCGAGGGGGGACUUAUGUUAUGGAGUUAGAAAAUAUUGUGGCCAACACAGUUUAUUUGAAAGCUCGUGAAGGUGGAGGCGGGAAGAGGAAAGGACGUAGCAAGAAGUGGAAGCAAUUACUCAAAUUCCCUCAUAUUUCAAUGUGCCAAGAACUCAGGGAAACUAUAGAUAGAAAUUUUGAUAGUAUAUGUGAAGAACAACCAAUUGGACGCGCUCUUUUUAAAUCCUUUUGUUCGACAAAUGAAGACUACAACACAGCUGUCAAUUUCUUGGAUGCAGUUAACGAUUACGAAGUGGCACAACCAGAGGAUAGACCAGGCCUUGGCAAUGAAAUUUUCCUCAGAUAUCUCUAUGCAGAUUCACCCGAGAGGCUCUCCCAAGUCACCCAAGAACAGGUGACAUCAUGUCAGGAGGCUCUCCAGAACUCUCCCAGCAAAGAAGUCUUCACCGAUUGCAGGACAGUGGUGAGAGAAUACCUUAAGGGAGAACCCUUCACAGAAUUCCAAAACAGUCUGUUCUUUGACAGAUUAUUACAGUGGAAAUGGUUAGAAAGCCAAGCUGUGACCAAGAACACUUUCCGGCAAUACAGAGUACUGGGCAAGGGAGGAUUUGGCGAGGUAUGCGCGUGCCAAGUGCGGGCGACAGGCAAGAUGUACGCUUGCAAGAAGUUGGAGAAGAAGAGAAUCAAGAAACGGAAAGGGGAGGUGAUGGCUCUGAAUGAGAAGAUGUUGCUGCAGAAAGUCAACAGUAGAUUUGUGGUCAGCCUGGCCUACGCUUAUGAAACAAGGGAUGCUCUGUGCUUAGUGUUGACCAUAAUGAAUGGUGGUGACCUGAAAUUCCACAUCCACAACCUUGGCGCACCAGGGUUUGAGGAGGACCGAGCCCGCUUUUACGCUGCCGAGAUCACCUGCGGACUGGAACACCUUCACCAGCACCGCUUUGUCUACAGGGACAUGAAGCCAGAGAAUAUCCUACUAGAUGACCAUGGUCAUGUAAGGAUUUCUGACUUGGGAUUGGCUGUUGAAAUUCCAGAGGGUGAAUCCAUUCGAGGAAGGGUAGGAACGGUUGGCUACAUGGCACCUGAAGUUGUCAAGAAUGAGAGGUACACAUUCAGUCCAGACUACUGGGGUCUUGGCUGCAUCAUCUAUGAGAUGAUUGAAGGAAGGGCCCCAUUCCGAGCCAGGAAAGAGAAGGUGAAGAGGGAAGAGGUGGACCGGAGGGUCAGAGAAGAUGAGGAGAAUUACUCGUCCAAAUUCAGUGAAGAUGCCAAAAUCAUAUGCAGAAAGUUGCUCCAAAAAGAAGUUGAGAAUCGGCUGGGGUUCCGGAACAACUCUGCUCAAGAUGUCAAGGAUGAACCCUUCUUUGCUAGCAUCAACUUUACCCGUCUGGAGGCUGGCAAGGUGGACCCACCGUUUGUGCCCGAUCCCAAAGCAGUGUAUGCCAAAGACGUAUUGGACAUCGAGCAGUUCUCCACAGUCAAAGGAGUUAACCUGGACCAGAACGACGACAAAUUCUACAGCAAAUUCAACUCGGGCUGUGUGACAAUUCCUUGGCAAAAUGAGAUGGUUGAGACGGAGGUCUACAAGGAGCUCAACCACUUUGGGCCCAACAUGACGAGAACACCCGACCUGAUCAUGGAUCAGCCACCCCCACCCCCAAGGGAAGGUUUCUUUAGGAGAAUUUUUAAAUUAAAGUGCCCUUGUUCAUCAUCGGGGGCAGAUGAGGAUUGAGGCUUCGUCCAGCUAGUCUUGACAAGAGAAGCGAGAACCAAUGACACGAAGUCCCAGCCAAUGGGAACCAAUCGUACAGCUUGACCAACAAGAGGGAAAUUAUGUGAUGCUGGCAAGAGAGGAAACGUUAGAGGGCAAACAACUUUACCACUUAAACAACAUAAGACCGAUGAGGAAAGCUCCAUUUGUUACAAUGUAGAGGAAAGAAAGGGACCGUGGAAAACUGAAAAUAUACAUUGUAAAAAAAGGGGAAAAAUUGUUUUAAUAAAGGAAGCCUUGCUAUGACUAUUCUGAAAACUUCUCAACCUCCAAAACUUGUGUACAAACUUUUCAGUAAACAUAUCUGCAGAAAAGCAUGAGGAGGACAGAUUUUACAUUAUAUGGUUGUAUGGAACAUUACAUGUAUGCCUGUACAAAGAAAUCUUGCCACAUUUUGGUUUAUUUGCAUAUUUGGGGCAAAACAAGUUUUGCAUUAAAAAAAAAGUGAAAAAAAAAAUGAUAGUAGAAGCAGUUACUAUAUCGUGGAUGUUAUAUAUGUAUGCAUAUGUACAAGAUGAAAAAUUUACACUUGCGGACGCAUCUUGAGACAAAUGAUUUUUAAAAACAGAAAUUGCCUAGCUGAUAGAUGUUUGUGGGUUUUUAGACCAAGAAUUUCUCUGUGGCCAGUCUAGUCACUUUUUACCAUAGUUCUUGGUCGGUCCAGUUUUCUCUCUCUUCAGUGAGUUUGUUACACUGGUCUUUUGUAAGAUCACUAGAUGUCACUGGGCCUUGGUCCGCUAUUGAAAUUGUCAGUAUUUAUGUUCAAAGAAAUGCACCGGUAGUUUGGAGAUUUUAUAGCGUCUAAUUUUACAAUGUCUGUCUAGGCAAACUCACAGUCAGUUGUCCACAGCAGUGUCGUUUCAAGUCAGUAAUUAGAAAAGCACGUACUACACAAAGAUUUUUGGUCAGUAGCAGCUGUCGCUCUGUAAUCAGGGAGGGGAGGGGAAAGCAGUGAUAUUUUCCUUCCGUGAAAAUGUGCAACAUGUGCAGGUGAAAACGGAUGGCAUUGUUCUAAAUUUCGUGCCAUGGUACCUGUAUUGAGGACCGAUUGAGUUGAAGGGUGCUGGGUAAUGUAGAGCUUGGUUCUUGCUGUUGGUUCUUGAGAACAUAAACCUGGUUUUAAAAUGCUUGCCUAUCUCACUUUGCCUUGAUUGAUUGCAGUAUAGGUUUGCGAGACAAAAACCUGCGUGAGUGGACUUUUGUACAGAGACAGACAUACAGAAUGUGUUAGCAAAAUUGAGUGUCCAAAAUAGGCAGUACAGUAUUUCAGGCCACGAUUAGGGUCACGUAACUGACAAUACCGGUAGAGGGAAGAUGGCAGGGAAAAAAAAUGAGUCAAGUUGUUGCCUAGAUUGGAUAAGUUGAUCACUAUACAUGUACCUUGAAAGUUUUCUGGUCCAAGUAGCCAUAACAUAUCCAUGCAUAAAUUACACAUGAGCUGUUGGCCAAUCAGAGUGUGGCCAGAUCAUACGAAUUGGGCCAUAGGGCAGAGUUAAGACAGGUGGUACAGUGUAUAUUGAAUUUGCCUAUUAAACAUGAACCUGUAGAUCACAUUUCAUCAAGCCACUCAGAAUGCAGGGGGGCAUUAAGUUCACAUAACUGGCAGAGUCUUCUAAGCAAAUGCAUGGACAACUAUGGCCAAUUUAUGGACUUGAUUUCAAGCCUAGAAAAAAGUGUAGACAAGGUCUAUUAAAGCCAGUCCCUGAGGUUUUCAGGGUUAGGUUUGCUCAGCUUUAUGGAAUAGGAUCUGGUCAGUGGGAAAAUCCAAUAUAUGUACCAUUGCCUAUACAAACAGGAUUGAUUUUUUCCAACUGAGAAUAUUUAAAACUUUUUGUAAGCAUGUUGUUUUGCAACGUGGUGACUAGUCUGAAAUAAUAAUAAAGGUUUCUGCUCCUCGUAUGAGCUGCCAGCACUAAUGCAUAUUUUGUAGCUGUAGAGAAAGGCAAAGGAGAAAAGAAUUAAGCCUUCAAAAUGCUCCUGUUGCCUACAGAUACGUUGCAUGUGCGUAUUUCUUUGGGGAAAAAACCCUUGGUGAUAAAAUCCUUUUUUUUGCAGUUUACUUCCUUUGAAGAGAAGUUGUGACUUGAUGUGAAACAAGAAUACGGGAUUUACCGCUCUGGAACAAAAGAGGGUGUGUUUUUUUUUUGGUACUGAUUGCGCAGAAGUAUGUGCACGUUUGACGCGUAGCACGCUGAGUAUGCCUAACUUAUUUAGUCCGGCUUGUCUGGUCUUUGUGUACACGCAGAACGCGUGCAAGAACCCGCUUGUUACCACCUGUCCUUUUGCCGAUUGGGGGUGCACUUCAGCUUGGGGUGGAUAGUAAAUACUUGAAGCAGCUAAUGGUAGGGAUUGCAGUUUUACAUUAAUGUCUGGUGGUGGGCUGAGUACGUGAUUGAGGUCUUGUUUGAAUUAGUAUAUUCUCUCUAGGGAAUGGCUAUGGAUUGCCAAAGUAAUAUGUCAUCAGAAAACAAAACAAAAACCCUCUGGUCCACAGCCUGGUAAAUAUCCAGUUUGAUUAUGGCUUGUUCCACCAUUACCUUACAUUGACUGGUAUGCUGCACUCAAGAAAGCUCAAGGACUUAAAGUUGCUUUUGUAAACUAUUAAACAUCUUAAAAGAGAAUAUAAGACUACUUUGUCAAUUUAAAAGGCAUGAUUCAAGUCUCUUCACCAACCUCCUCAAGAUUUCCAUGUAAUAUAAUCUUAGCAUGUUAUUUUAUUUUUAUACCAUUAAAAGAGUUAAAUUUAACUGCGUUAAUUUCGUUCCUAUGAUGACUUGGGUGAGGGGGGUUCAAAUCUUAGAUUGGUAAUUGUACUGUAGAUUGACCAGCCAUGUGUGAAUUGGGUGUGGGGUAUGUUGCAAUGUGUAUAAUACAUUUUUAUUAAAGGUGACCGCUGCUUGUAUUGUCUGCUGCAUGGAAGGGCCUUUUUUUUCUUCUUCUUUACUUGACAUGCAUGUUGUUUAUACAGUACUUGGUAUCAUUAAUGUCAUGUACAUGUAGUUGAAAGACCACGGAUAGAUGUCAGAAGUGUCAGCUGCAUGCAGAGGUGGAUGUUUACAGUAUUUUGGGGGUGUCUGUGAAUGUUUUGUAAAAAAGUGAAACUAGCACUGGGUGCAGUUAUGGUCUGUUGAAGUGGACCGGCUGAAUUGGAACUUCAAAGUUAGAGAGUCUGCGAUUGGCUUGAGUAGAGGUCCUUAGCAAGGUCUUUCAAGGGUUUGUAACACUUGUUACUGAAGGGGGUGGAGGCUGUGUGGGGGACUAUCGCCACCAUGACUAGGGUGCAACUCGGCCUUGUCAUACAGUACAUGUACAUUGAGUUGACAAGUCCAACUUAAGUUGCAUCACAGUAUGAAGUUGUUUGCUGUGACUUACAUGUAACUUGAAUUGUGGUGUUAAAGUGACUCUUGCGGUGUUAAAGUGACUCCGAACCAGUAUUCAGAAUGGCAGAUAUGAAGGGAGCAGUCAAGAAACAAAAGUGCAGUGCCAAACAGUAAGAGUCUUGUAAAGUGCAGACAUGAGUGCACAUUGGUGUGGUGUAAAGUGCAAGUGACGUGAUCAGGAAGUGAAUAAGAUUAGCCAGACAGUUGUGUAGUGUGCAUACAGAUACUAAGCUUGGGCACGAUAGCUAGGCACGGUACUGAAUUAAGCAACUUUGAUCACUGUAUAAAGAGAUGAGCUGUCUAAGAAACAAAAACAAAAGCAGAAAAAAAAUUACCGCCUUUUAUUUUUUCAGAUGUUGCAAAUUUAUUUAAAUGUGUUGUCUUUCAGUGUACUGAUGUUGUUUCGUGUACAGGUUUUGGUGCAUCUAAAAAUGCGUACAUAUCAGCAUGUGAUUUCAAAACCCAUUGUUUUGAUAUUAAACAUUGAUCCCUCGUAAGGUGCAUUUAUGCCAUGCCACUAAAUGCUGUUCUGGGGUUUACUGAUUUUAAAAACGAAGGGCAGCACUGUCCUGUAGAUUGUGAGGUGAAAACUAGAUAGAACUGGUUCAAACCAGUUUGGACCAGCUACAUCCUGGACAGUCUUCUGUAAUUAGACAAGUCAACUGUAUAAAUGAACAUGUGAUAUUGUAUGCAGUCCAAAUUUGUACCUGACAAGAGUUUUGUGUUGAGGAAGGGGAACAAGUACAUGUAAAAACAACAUAAGUUACAAGUAGAUGGUAGCCUGUCACUGUGUUUGGCAUUUUUAAACAAUUUUUAAAUUGAAAAUGUCGAUGCACCAGUUUUAAAGAAGUUGACUGUCACGCAUCAGUUUUUUUCCUGAUUGUAAAUAAACACGCCGGAAUUAUUUUGAGAAAAAAAAAUUGAAAUUACAAAAAUAGUAAUGGGCCUGUAUGAGCUCAGGCAUUUUUUUGUAAAUAAUUAUCCCAGAAUCAUUUCUAUAUGGUAAAUUAUAUGAUAAUCAACCUUAUAGUUGCAGACUUUCCAAUUUUUAGAGUCUAUUUUGUGUGAAAUAUUUCAGUCAUGGUUUCAGUUUGGUCAUUGGUCAUUCUUGCUUAGGUAAAUUCUCCAGAAAAAGGAGAAAAUAAUUGGCACUAGCACAAGUGAUGUUUUUGAUUUUCUGUAAAAGUUGAAGAAUUAGAUGGAUAAAAUUGAAUGCAACUUUAAAAAUUUCACGAAUUUUAAUUGAGUACUUUUCUGUGUUAACUUGUGAAGAAGUGACGGUAAAAAUCACCGUCUCAUCUUUGUAGUCUUUUUACUGUGACUGUAGUGUACAGCGUAUCACUUGUUAGGACGUGGAUGACGUAUCACUUACAAACUUGACUUUCUCAAACAUAUUUAACAAGGACUGACGUAUGUGUAUGUGUUGCUCAGCACAGUCUUCUGCCAAGUCGGAUAGAUUUGUCCACUACCACAGACAACAAGGACAUUUCUUGAAUGUUUGAAUUUUCCUCAAGGAAAAAAACCACCUUUUUGUGUGAUUCCUCAAAUGGUGCCACACCAACAGUUCUGCGUAGUUCAAAAAAAUCACUCCAUGCAUCAAAGGACAUUUGAGCUCAAAGCAGAUUUUUAUGUACUUGCAUGUAAUUCUGUUGAAGAAAAAUACGCCUUAAUUUGAACUGUUUGAUUACCUUUUUUCCCCAAAUCAUACAUUUUAAUCUGACACUUGCUCUUUAGGUGUAACAACUCCAUUAACAGGCUUUCCCAACCCUGUCAGAUUGUUCUCAUAUAAUACGGGGAGCAAAUAGUCAAUUGUUUUGCAAACAGCAUGAUUUACAGUGUUAAGGAAAAACUUUUAAGAGAAGAAUGCAUGUUUAAAGGCCAAGGUAAUGUUUGCCCAAAAUGAACUGAAAUAAGCGUGAACUGUCAUCCUUCAGAUACAUGUACCUGUACGCAGGAGUUUAAUCUCUGCAACUUCCGAGUCCGAUGAACAGUCAGACCAUUUGACACUACUCGAAGCACCAGAGCACUUUACAAAUGAACGGUCAAAUGAGACUGUACUACUGCAUCAAUCUUAAUACCUUAUUCAUUACUGUUGACCGGAUUAUUACAUGCCUUAUUGAGACCGACUUCAUGUAAAGACGUUCCAUGACUUUUUAAGAUGAGGCAUGCUGUCUUGCCCCCACAGAUUUCUUUAAUGUAAAAAUAAUGACUCUAGGGAAUAUGUAUCUCAUAUGUCACAGGAAACACACUCACCGAGGAUGCAACUUUUUUUUUCUUGUGAGUGCCACGUGAAUUGUAUAAAAUAAGUCUGCUCAAAAUCUCCUUUUGGUUUAUUUUGACAUGUAUAAGGAGAUUACGAAAAAAAAAUGCAGGCAUUUACACAGUAACUCUAGGCUUAUUAUUGAUAUUCUUACUAUCAAAACAUAACGGUAGAUAAAUAGAUGGUAACAGUAAAGAUUCACCGUGUCAAAGGA